UUGCUUAACGCUCUAGCUCAGGGAUCAAUCCUUCUCCCCAACUCGCAGCCAGGAUUCGAUGCUUUUAUCUCCCAACAAUUUGUCUUCUUUCUUCUCGCUGCAACGGAGGAGAUGAAAGCGAGACCUUUAAGCUAAUCUGGUUGGCUUUUGCAUUUUCUUUCAAUCGGUCAUUCCAUCUCUUCUUCAGUGAAUAUUGCGGUCAAUAUUUAGGGUUUCUCUCACUUUUGUGCAAGGACAUCUUAGGUUUUGUUCAGCUUUGAAGCAUUUGAUGGAAGAAGAGGAUUUUUCUUGGCCUUUGAAUGGAGAAAUUAUAUCUUUUGAGUAGGUAGCUGGUUUCUAUAGAAUAGAUGAAUGGGACUGUGAAUGCUUCUGCUCCAUCGAAAAUGAGUGAGGGGGACCUGGCAGUGGAAAAGGUACCCAAUGUGCAAAGAUUGCCAAACACUUUGGUUUUACACAUCUUAGCGCUGGUGAUCUCUUGCGGGCAGAAAUCAAUUCUGGUUCUAAAAAUGGAACCUUGAUCGAGAGCAUGAUAAAUGAAGGAAAAAUUGUUCCAUCAGAAUUCACAAUCAAGCUUCUGCAACGUGCGAUGCUUGAAAGUGGAAAUGAUAAAUUCCUUAUUGAUGGCUUCCCCAGGAAUGAAGAAAAUCGUGCUGCAUUUGAGAAUCUUGAAAAAAUAGAGCCAGAGUUUGUACUUUUCUUUGAUUGCCCGGUGGAGGAGAUGGAAACAAGGAUUUUAAAUCGCAAUCAGGGAAGAGGUGAUGACAAAAUGGAGACCAUAAGAAAGCGAUUUAAAGUAUUCAUUGAAUCUACCUUACCAGUCAUCGAGUUUUAUAAUUUGAAGGGAAAACUCUACAAGAUUGAUGCUUGUAAACCAGCAGACGAAGUAUUUGAAGAUGUAAAGGCCAUCUUUUCCAGAUUUAGAGCAAAAGAAGAUUCCUCCCAACAAACAAAUAUCAGUACAGUCAAGAGAUUUGAACUUGUGAUGUGCCUUAUGAAGAGGCUGUUUAGAGAAAUAAAGAGAAUGUGGAGCUGCUUCUUCUGCAAAGCGAGUGCAGGGUUGGAGAACUAUUAACUGGAAGAACUUGGUGCAUAUUAUCUGUAUAUAAUUAACCACUGUAAAUGUAUAUAGAGUACCCUACAAGCCUUGUAUGCAUCUGAGCUUGUGUUACCUAUUCAUCUAUUGAAGAAAGUAUGAAAUGAUUAUGUAAGAAUCCCAAUAUUCAUAUUACCAAUAAGCUACUUUCAAAAACAGUAAAAAAGCUAUCCAAAAUGAA